AUGGUUACCCCACUCGAGAAAGCUAUCGAGAGGUGUAUUGAUGGCUUACCUGACUCUGUUCAAGACAUCGUUACUGGUAGUAACCCUAUCAUAGUUCGUCAGGCAAUUGAGUUAGCAGCAACAUUGACUGAGUCGCAGGUUCGGAAGGACAGCAUGUCAUCUUUGGAUACCGGAGUGUCAGAUACGCUUGAUCCUAUGGCGGUAGUCUCGGACGACGAGAUCCUUUCCGAGAGCGAGGUUUACACGUUGGAUACCACGAGCACGGAUGAUGAUGAUUUUCAACCUUUUGCUUUGCCCGACUUCGGGGAUGAUGUUCAGCCCGCUGAUGGCAUUCUAGCUGGGGAUCUACCUCUUGCUGAGAUCCCUGCCCCCGUUCCACUUGCCGCAUUUCCCGUAGAGGAUUUGCCACUCCAUGUUGUGUCUGAUGACAACAUCGAUCUUUUCGUUGAGGGUCCCCCUGAGGACGACAAUGAGGGUGGGGCCCCGAUUGCUGAUGAUGUCAUCAUUCCUAUUAUUGAGGCUCCUGUGGAGGAGGCUCCUUCUGAUUCACCUGGUCCAGACUCGUUUGAGUCUGUGGCAUCCGCUUCCUUGCACGACCGGGGCGUACAGCACUACUCUCCUGACGCUGACUCUGACGUAGCGAUGUCAGCUGCACCUGUUUUUCCUCCUAAUUUUGAUCCUGAUCACGAGAUCGAGUUUAUUCCUGUUGACCAGCCCUUGGAGGCACCAGUGGCUCCUAUUGAUCAGUUUCUUGAUAUACCUGCCGACUUUGAUAUGGACUUUGCCGACCCUGAACCUAUCAUGGCACCAGAGCCUGUUGUUGCUCCUGACCCUGUACCGGUGCACGACCCUGUUCUUGUGGAUGCACCAGCCCUUGCACCACCUAUUGUUGAUAUUCCCAUUGUUACACCACCAGUGGUGGAUGUUCCUAUUGCUGAUGCACCCCUGCCUGAUCCCGUGCCAGCAUUUGUUGACCGUGCACCUUUCGCCACUCACAUCGAUCCAAGAUAUGCCGACACCCGUAAAGGGUGGAUCGAGGAUGAUGAUGACUACCCUCCGUUUGUGCUACCAGUCACCCCUCCUGUAGCACCUAUUUCCACACCUAUUGAUGUUCCGUUUUUCCACCCACACAUCUCUGAUGUCCAUCGCACCGACCUUCCUAUCACUUUUAUCCAGGACAUUCCUCUACCUCGUCGUGGGGAGGGUUCGUCGAGACAGCAGCCUGCUUUUGUACCGCCUGUAUCAUCAGCUGUUCCAUUCAUGUCUCAGUUUCCUCACACUACACCAUCUUUUGUACCUUCGGGCGAGCCGUUUCUGUGGUCUUCGCUCAAUGUUAUGCCGUUAUCAGACCCGUACCACCCUUUUCAUGUGGGGUACACGACGGACGACAUACUCAUCUCCCUACAGCUACAGCAGGACGCACUGAGUCGUCGCGUUCAGGAGUUAGAGAGAGUUCCACGUCCUACUCCGUGUCAUUGUCAGUCUCCUUUUUCUACACCACCAGCUCCUCUUCCAUUACCCCCUGAUUCGGGUGUUCGCUUCCUCACACCUGAGCAGCAGAUUGCUUAUUUGCUGCGUGUUAUUCAUGCCCUUGAGGAGGAUUGGGUGCACAUGCGCAGUUUGCUUUUCUCUCAUCGUCCUCCUCCACCGCCAUCAGCGUAG